AUGGAGGUUCAAACUCACUCACUCUCCUCCGACUUUCAGUUCCAUCUUCACUCCCAAUCCACCGACACCUACUUCCCUCCCAAUAAUGCUUCUCUCAACCAACCAUCUCUCCGACCCGCCACUGCCGCACUCAAGCUGCAAAAAGUCUACCGGAGUUACCGUACCCGCCGCAGGUUGGCCGACUCCGCCGUUGUCGCGGAAGAGCUAUGGUGGCAAGCCAUAGACUAUGUAAGGCUGAACCACAGCACCAUUUCGUUCUUUAAUUUGCCUGAAACUGCUGCGUCGCGCUGGAGCCGAGUUAAAUUGAACGCUGCCAAGGUGGGUAAAGGAUUGUCCAAGGACGCUAAAGCACAGAAGUUGGCUUUUCAGCAUUGGAUCGAAGCUAUUGAUCCACGACAUCGCUAUGGGCACAACUUGCAAUACUACUAUAAAGAAUGGUGUAAAACUGACGCUGGUCAGCCAUUUUUUUAUUGGUUGGAUUUAGGAAACGGGAAGAAUCUUGAUCUUGAACAAUGCUCCCGAUCAAAGCUUCAAAAGCAAUGCAUUAAGUAUCUGGGACCUCAAGAGAGAGAACAGUAUGAAUACAUUGUGCGUGAGGGUAAAAUUAUCAACAAGCAAUAUGGGGAUGUACUUCAUACAAAGGAAAACUUUGAUGAUGCAAAAUGGAUAUUUGUAAUGAGUACCUCCAAGAAACUUUAUGCUGGCAAGAAAAAGAAGGGAUUAUUUCACCAUUCUAGUUUUUUGGCUGGAGGAGCUACGUUAGCUGCUGGAAGACUUGUGGCCGAGCAUGGAAUUCUUAAGUCCAUCUCUGCUUAUAGUGGACACUACCGGCCAACAGAUGACACUCUCGACGGUUUCUUAUCAUAUCUCAAGGAAAAUGGCGUCAAGCUUGAUGAAGUUGAGUUGCGAAAGGCAAAUGAAGAUUCUGAUAUAUACGAGGACAGCAACAAUCUUAACGAAAGAGCCGCAACACCUGAAAGCAUUGGAAGACUGUAUGUGCCUGAAAUCUCUGAGGGAGCUACCAAUGCUCCAUCCUCAGUUAAGGAGGAUCCUCAACCUGAAUCUGUUACUUAUACAAGGACUUUAUCAUGUGGUCUUCAGAGUCCGAGAGCUGUGGUGCCUAAGACUGCAAUAUUGCAAAGAAUUAAUUCCAAGAAAUCUUCCAAGUCCUACCAAUUAGGAUACCAACUUUCGCUUAAGUGGUCAACAGGAGCUGGACCUAGAAUUGGGUGUGUUGCUGACUAUCCUGUAGAGCUUAGAACACAGGCCUUGGAGAUGCUUCACCUUUCUCCAAAGCUUCCCCCUACCCCUUCUUCAUAA